GGGAUGACACCGAAAACACAGAUGGCCCAGGAUGACACGAAUGCAGGGCGUGUCACCGCUGCACACACGACACCGAUCCUUCUAUGAAUACAUCAACACGCAGUCAUCCGUGUGGGUGAGGAAGACGUCACCUACUGACACACACAACCAACAGUCAGGCGCUCCUCGCCCACUGCCUCUCUACAUAACUACAGGCUGGCAGACAAUCACUCACAUACACACAUAGACGAACACGGCCUCUUUGACAUGGUCCCUUCACAUGCACACUCUCCCUAGGCACCCCACUGUAACCACCAGAAUCGACUCUACCUGCCUAAGCUUCCCAUCUCUCCCUCCCCUCUCUACAUCAUCAUGGUGGCCGUCAGCCGGCUAGUUGAUGCCCAGCGGCUGGAAGAGGCCGAUGUCGUUGACCCACCCCAAUUGCCCCCAACCGAACUGACAGUCGUCGUUGCCCAGGUGGGUGUUGAAGCCCUUGACCACACCAGUCAGCCCAUACCGGGCCGCCUCGUCCAGCCGAGCCCGAUGCACCACCUCGCGCAGACCCACCCGCCGCACAGUCGGCCCCUCUGUGACGGCGAAGCACUGGAGGGGCACCCGCACCACCUGGCUGCCCACAUUGGCCAUGCCGCCGAUGACCUCCUCAUUGCCGGCCGUCUUCGUCGCCGCGCACUUGACGAAGUGCUGCAUGGCCCUCUUGAUGCGGUGGGCCACCACGGCCUGCCCGAGGGUGAUGGUGUCGACGGCCUCUGGCUCGUGCAGGAAGGCACCGAUCUCCCAGGCCACCUGGGCCGUCGCAUCCGUGAGGGCAAAUGGGGAGGGGGCAGCGGGGGCAUGUGCUGCAGCAGCAGUGGAUGUGUCAGUGGAGGUGGUGGGUGGGGCGGGGCGGGCAAGGGGCAGCAGGCGCGUCAGCAUGUUGGCGGCGUCUCGCUGUGGAGAGAGGGCGCCGUUGACGCCGUCCAUGACGGCCUGGGGCAGCUCGUCGUUGAGGACGGUGAGGUACUCGGCCAACACCACACCGUGAGCAUCUCGAGCCGCCUGGUUGACGUUGGGCCGCAGCUGCUGGGCAGUCUGCACCAUGUCGAUGGCUGCGGCCGACGUCAGCAGUGUGCGGAUGGCCCGCUGCAUCCCGCUGACCGUCUCGUCACGCGGCACAAAGGGAUUCUCCUCCUCACCAUCAUCAUCUUGGCUGCGCAAGUCGGUGACCCUCAUGGCAGCCAUCUCCAAGGCCCUCUGGUGGACUCCUCUCCUUGCUGUGGUGUUGAUCUGGGUGGGGCUGAGGUGCUGGCAGAGCCACUCGAUCACGUGAUACGACGAAGAGAACGCUGCUCGAUACAGGGGCUGAAACAUCGCCGGCUGCUGUGUGAGGCUGGCGCCGUUGUCUUUCAUCAGCUGCAGAUAGCUGCGGAUGAACUUGUCCGAGUAGAUGGGGCCCACACAGGCGGCCGAAUGGAUGACAUUCCAGUCACCAUUUGUUGGCUCGGUGGCGAGGGAGGGGUCGAGCUCGACGAGGUAGGUGUAGAUGGCCAUCAGGGCCGCCUCAUACUGCUCGCUGGUGCGCACCUCACAUGGCAGGGAGGCCAGCUGCCGCCCCAGAGAAGGUGCUCCGUUGGCCACGAGGGUCUUGACGGCCGUCAGGUUGUCUGCCCGCACCGCCACCGUGAUGGGAGCGAUAGCUCGAGAGCGUCGUGGCGGUGGCGUGGGUGGCCCACUGAGCCCGACGCCCUCCUGGAUGAGAGCCGAUAGGACGGCCGCCUGCACCUCACGCGAUGGCCAGAGCGGCAGCACGAGCCGUGCUCCUGGGCAUAGCUCGGCUUCGAGCGCCGUGGGAGUGCUCCAGUCGUCGAUGGCCACUGACAGCAGACACACUCGCAGCCGAAACUCCUCCUCAUCAUCACCCCACGUGGUGAUGAAGUCAAUGCACACGGCAGGGUCGGCCCCGUCGCGGACGAGCCGCCGGAUGUCGUCAGGUGUGAUUGUGCGUCGCAUGAUGCCCUCGAUGAACCGCUUGGUGGCAUUGCUGGUGCCGCCGGGGACACGGAUCUUCACCUUCUGGAUCUUCAUCUCCUGCUGCUGCUGCUGCGGCUGCGGGUGUGGCUGCUGUGGUUGCUGUCCGGCUGAUGAUGAAGCCGACAUGAUGAUCAGAUCCUGCACACAGCAGAACCACGCCCAACGCUCAAAGGCGGAAAGUGACUUCCGUGCAGCAACGAGGGUGUCAGCCACUUACGUCGGGAUCUUCGUCACUGUUGUGCUAAUAGAAAGCGAAACUCGGCUGGACGCACACGAACAAGGCCCUUCGUGUCCGCGUCGUCCACAUCAUUUCGUGGUCCUUUGCGUUGGUACCUAAUUUUAAUAUUCCGCAAAAGCAGGGUUUGGGUUGUAGGGUAUGGUUUCGUUUGCACACUGUACGGAAUCGCUGCGAGAGGCGCGAGGAGAAAGGCUGCAGGCAGGGCCCUAAGGAUGGCUGUGGGGUCCUGAGGCUGGCCGGAGGGAGGAGAUGAACACACAGGUCCACCUCAGGGGCCAUUAUUGACCACCACUGAGAGAGCGAGACGCCUCGGAGGAUUCGAAGCGGGCGGCGGAGACCAAGAUGGAGCUAUAAGGAGGGUGAUUGUCUUCUCUUCCCCUCUCCCUCCCUCUCUGUCGUGAGUAGCCUCGUCAACGCGACCACUGUCCUCUCUGUGUCCGUCCUUCGUGCCGAUCGCAGCCUUCCUUGUUGACAAGGAGGCACCCACCCAUCUCCGCCCAGACCAAGACAGACAGCAAGAAGCUGCCAGUCCAUCAUCUUUUUCCCACCCCUUCUUUCUUACUUGGGUCGUCAU